AUGACCUCCCUGAAGCCCCGUGAACCCUACUCCCAGGAGGAGCUCUCCCAGCUCUAUCCGCGGGAAUUGAAGCUUCAAUUGGUCCAAGUGUUUCUUCGCCAUGGUGAACGGACCCCCGUCUCAUCGCGGUUUCAAAAUAUGGUCCAAAUGGCCGCAAGCAACCAGGAUGUAUCCGCAUGGAAUAGCUUCCAAUGGCGGCGCAAAAUGGAGGCAUUCGGCAACAAAGACGAGUCUGUCGUGGCGAUUGGUGCCACAGGCGAGAUAGAGGGUAUCUGGCAAGUUGAAUCCCAUCAACACGGCGAAUUGACCGACCGAGGACGAGAAACGACAUAUGCUCUUGGACAGCGCCUCCGCCAUCUCUACAUCGACCAACUCGGCUUUAUGCCGAAGAUCAAGUCCGACACCGAAGACAUGUAUCUCCGCGCAACGCCCAUCCCUCGAGCCCUCGAAUCACUCCAGCAAACCUUCUGGGGCAUGUAUCCCCCCAGCGCACGCACCCAGGACUUUCCUCCACCCGUUAUCGUCGGACGCUCCGUUUCUGAAGAGACCCUCUUCCCGAAUGAAGGCAAUUGCCGUCGUUUUAGACAGCUUUCCCGGCUCUUCGCAGACCGGGCUGCACAACGAUGGAACGAAUCGGAACAGAUGAACUACCUCAAUCGCCUCCUCUCAAAAUGGAUGCCCGAGGCGUCCCCCCGGGUCGCCGUGGACUCCCACCCCCGACUCUCAGGUAUCGCAGACACCAUCAAUGCCACCGACGCCCAUGGCCCGGCCACACGCCUCCCAGCGGAAUUCUACGAUCAGCGCGCGCGCGAAUAUCUGAACCAGAUCGCCGUCGACGAAUGGUUCGCCGGCUACACGGAGAGCAACGAGUACCGCAAGCUCGGCAUCGGCGCACUCAUGGGCGACGUGGUCGACCGCAUGGUUAGCCACGCCGUGGAUGGCGGCUGGCGCAGCGAGACCUCGGCAUCGGGCUCGCUCCAAAACGGUAAGGCGAUCAAGUUCGCUCUCAGCGGAUGUCAUGACACCACCCUCGCCGCGAUCCUGGGCAGUCUCGGCGCAUUCGACCACCGCUGGCCACCCUUCACGUCGUCCAUUGCCAUCGAGCUGUUCUCCAAAGCGGAGCACAAGACUCUGCGUGAGGAAGCCGGUGCCAUCCUCGGCGAACUUACCCACCACUCCACUGAGAAGAAGGAUGGCGUCCUCUCCGUGUUGAAGGGCUCCUCGUCCUCGUCUACUCCUGCUCAGCCUCUGCCUCCGUCUGAAACUGCCCGUGCCCCCUUGUCGUCCCUCCCCGACUCCUCGAGACAGAAACUGCAGAGCCACUAUGUCCGCAUCCGGUACAACGACCACCCCGUUCGGAUCCCGGGCUGCGCUGCAAGAGCGGAGAACCACCUGCCCGGCGACGACACUUUCUGCACGCUGGACGCCUUCAAGGAGAUUGUAGAUAAAUUUACGCCCAAGAGCUGGCGGGACGAGUGUGUACAGAACCUUGGACAGGGUCUCUACGGUAAGGACAACAAGGAGAAAAUCCCUGCGGGAUUCUAG